CCAGAUUAAUUCAAAAAAACAAAACAAAAGCGGAAAAAAGAGAGGAGAAAAGCGAGGAAGAAACCCCUCCUCCUCCUCGAUCCCGACCGACGCGGCGAUGGAAUUCUCCGGUGGCGGCGGCGGCGGCGGCGGCGACGCGACGCUGUCGGAGAUGUACCGGAGUGCGAGGCGGCUGCUGCUGUCGGCCCGCGAUGGCGUGGCUCGCGUCGAGCGCCUCGCCUCGGUGCCCACCUCGUCCUCCUACUCCUCUGCGCCGCUCGUCGGGGGCGGCGCUGCGGGGGACCCGUCAGCUGCCGAGGGGGUGCGGAGGGAGGUGGCGCAGAUCCAGGCGCUGUGCGCGCAGAUGGACCGGCUCUGGCGGUCCAUCCCCGCGAAGGGCCAGCGCGACCUCUGGAAGAGAAAAGUGGAGCAGCUGUCUGAAGAGGUUGAUUCACUGAAGGAAACCCUUAACAGGCAUUCCUUUCGUCAACAAAAGCAGAUUCUGGAAGCAAAAGAAAGGGCAGAGCUGUUUGAGAGAGCUAAUGGUGAGUCCUCACAUGUCCUUCGAAUAUUUGAUGACGAAGCCCAGGCAAUGCAAUCGGCUAGCAGCUCCUCACGUAUGCUUGAAGAAGCUUAUGAGACAGGCGUGGCUAUCCUUCAUAAGUAUGCAGACCAGAGGGACCGACUUAAGAGUGCUCAAAGGAAAGCCUUGGAUAUCCUGAAUACUGUCGGUCUAUCAAACUCCGUUCUGAAGCUUAUUGAGAGGCGGCACCGGGUCGACAAGUGGAUUGCAUAUGCUGGUAUGAUCAUCACCGUAGUGGUGAUGAUUGCGUUUUGGCGGUUAACACAUUAGUGCUGCACUGUGUUUGUUAUAUCUUUCUAGUUGAGAUAUAUUUGUAAAUCACGGGAACAGUCACUCUAAGGCCAGCCCAAGCAUAUGGACAUGGGUGUACAUAAUUUUUUGUCCAAAAAAAGUGAUUUUUCCA